AUGAAUAAUAAUAAAAACUACUAUCAGUGUUAUGUGUAUAAAUUUUUAAAAAACUAUAAAAAAUGUGCUAUUACUGUUUUAGAAGAACAAAAUCAUGUUCUAAAAAAAUUUACUUCACACAACCAUGCUUAUGAGGUAUUUCAUAUUGAUGUAAUACAUGCACUUAAUAACAUUAAAAAAAAGGCAUUACAAACACAUAAAAAGCCAGCCCAACUUAUUCAAGAUGCAGCAGUCAAUAUGCCUAAAGAAUCAUUUUCUUAUAUGCCAAAUAAUGAUGCUUUAUACAAACAAAUUUUAUAUAUUAGAAAUAAAAAUUUACUUUCAUAA